GAGGCCGAGGCUCGCGUUCCCCGUCGGCGCACUUCUGGGACGGACCAGGAAGGGACUCCUCGGUCCGGCUGCUGCGGCGAGGAGCGCGUCGUGGGGCGGCAGAGCAGAAAUGUUUGCUACCAGAAGUAAUUGAGCGUCUCGACGGCAAAAAUGAGAAGCAAAGACUCAGAAGCUCCGACAACUAGUGGCACAGAUAAGCCUGAGAAUCUUAAAAACCAACACAGGAAGAAGAAGAAAAGAUUAUUUUGGAAACAAAAAUUCAAGCUGGUAAAGAAGACGACACAAAAAAGUACCAAUGUGGUGACGUGGUUGCCACCCAAAACUGCCCAAGAAGUUUCAUCUAACUGGAAGGCCUUGCAGGAGCUUCUGAAGCAAAAAACUGCUGGUUUGGAUUCUGUUGCUGCCGGACUUGAUGCGUGCUCCAAGAAGAAACGUGCAACCAAAGAGGAAAGUGUUGAAUCCAGACAAGCAGAAGUAAACAGAGUGGAAAAGAGGCUGAAGGGCAGAUUGGUGGAGAAUGCCAAACAGGACCUGGUUUGCCCAGCUCUCCCAAAACAGAAAGGGUCUGCUUAUGGAAGAAGCUUGAGCCAAGCCCAGAAAGAUAAGAAGGAGCACAAGGGAGGCAAAAUAAAUGGCCACGUGGUGCAGGACUGCAAGGACAUUAAACAUACAAAAAGGAAACCUGAAGAGCUGGCAGACAUCUGGUUUGAUGAUGUGGAUCCGGAUGACAUUGAAGCAGCCUUGGGGCGAGAAGCAGCCAACGUCGUCCGGAAACGUCUAGGGGUUGAAGAGAAGCCCCCGCUGCUGGCAGAGCCCACGCUGGAGAAGGAGGCGGCAUUUGGAGGAUUGACCAGAGCGGUGGCCAUGGACUGCGAGAUGGUGGGCGUGGGACCAAAGGGCGAAGACAGCAUCGUGGCCCGCGUGUCCCUCGUGAACCAGUUUGGCAAGUGUAUUUAUGACAAGUAUGUCAAGCCGACAGAAAAAGUGACAGACUACAGAACAGCCGUUAGUGGGAUUCGGCCAGAGAACUUAAAAACAGGGGAGGACUUCAAAGUUGUCCAGAAGGAAGUGGCUGACCUCCUAAAGGGAAGGAUUCUGGUUGGACAUGCUCUUCACAAUGACUUAAAGGUUCUGCUUCUUGACCAUCCUAAAAAGCGGAUCCGGGACACUCAACGAUACAAGCCUUUCAGGCAACAGGUCAAGCAUGGGAGACCGUCCCUGAAACUGCUCUGCGAGAAACUGCUGAAUGUGAAAGUACAAUGUUCAGAACACAGCUCGAUCCAGGAUGCUCAGGCAGCAAUGAAACUCUACGUGAUGGUGAAAAAGCAGUGGGAAGCAUCGCUCAAAACACUAGCAGAGGCAGGGAGAAAAUGAGUCUGCAGCCAUGACCGUCCUGUCCUGACUGAAAUCUCUAAAGCUCCAGCAGGGCUCUCCUUCUCUGACUGCUUCUCUUUGUGCUGAACUCGUCACCAUGCAGGAAUUAAUUCAAAACAAUUUGAUUACUAAA